UGCAGCCUCAGCCCUGUUCUUUGGAGGCUCAGCCCCAGUCCUUUCUAAGGGCGCCUCCUCGUGGCCGCCAUGUUCAGUCCGGGCGGAAGUAGAGCGAGAGGGAGGCUUCUGCUUCCCAGAGAGGCCGGAGGAAGUGCUCAGGAGGGGAGGAUAUGGUGACGCCCUUCCCUCUGAGCUCACUUCCGGAGGAGUGGGGCCUUGUCUUGGGCGUCCUCUAUUCCAGGCCUGGGCCUCGCGUGGGCCUCCUCUCCCGCCCUGCCUGCCUUCAUCCGGGUGUUUGGGCCUGGCCUCCCUCAGGGACUCCGGUAACUUCUGAACAAGUUCUGUGAAGAACACUGCGUGAGAGCUUUGCCCGAGGAGUGCCCUAACUCUAAAGUGACUUCAAGAUACACAGCAAUGACAACAAGAAAAAAAGUAGUAGAAAAAUAUAUUUCAAGCUACAAACCUAUGCAGUUGGGAGAAGGAAAUAAGAUUGUGCUGAAAAAAGAGAGGCUUGGGAAAGCGAGCAGAAGGCUACAGCAAUACAAAGACUGUGCUAUUCAGGAGGUUAUAUCUGUGAACCCCUGGCGUAAUAUUUGAAUUAUAAAUAUAAAAGAAUGGCAAAUCCUGUACCUCCCUAUCCUAGAUCACACACAGGGGAGAAGUCACAUCAGUGUAUGGAAUUGAGGAGAGAAUUUGAUAGGAAACGCUUUCUUAAUGUACAUGAACGGACCCACACAGGAGAGAAGCCCUAUAAAUGCAUAGAAUGUGGAGAAAGCUUCAGCUGCAGUGGCAGUCUACGUUCCCAUCAAAGCACCCACACAGGGGAGAAACCAUAUAAAUGUAUGGAAUGUGGAAAAAGCUUCAGACUCAGUGGCAAUCUACAUUCCCAUCAAAGGACCCACACAGGGGAGAAGCCACAUAAAUGCAUGGAAUGUGGACAAAGCUUCAGUCACAGCGGCAAUCUACGUUCCCAUCAAAGGAAGCACACAGGGGAGAAGCCAUACAAAUGCAUGGCAUGUGGAGAAAGCUUCAGUCGGAAUGGAAGUCUGCAGUCCCAUGAAAGGACCCACACAGGGGGAAAGCCAUAUAAAUGCAUAGAAUGUGGAAAAUUCUUCAAUCAGAGUGGUAAUCUACGUUCCCAUCAAAGGACCCACACAGGGGAGAAGCCACAUAAAUGCAUGAAUUGUGGAAAGAGCUUCAGUCGCAGUGACAGUCUACGUUACCAUCAAAGGACCCACACAGGUGAAAAGCCAUAUACAUGUGUGGAAUGUGGAAAGAGCUUCAGUCAGAGUGGAAAUCUGAAGGCCCAUCAAAGGAGCCACACAGGGGAGAAGCCACAUAAAUGCAUAGAAUGUGGAAAGAGCUUCAGUCACAGUAACGCUCUACGUUCCCAUCAAAAGACCCACACAGGGGAGAAGUCACAUAAAUGCAUGGAAUGUGGAAAGAGCUUCAGUGAGAGAAGCAAUCUGUGUACCCAUCAAAGGACCCAUACAGGGGAGAAGCCCUAUAAAUGCGUGGAAUGUGGAAAGAGCUUCAGGUAUAGUAAAAAUCUGCGUAACCAUCAAAAGACCCACACAGGGGAGAAGCCAUAGAAAUGCAUAGAAUAUGGAGAAAGUUUCAGUCAGAGUAACAAUCUGCAUUCCUAUCAAAGGACCCAAAUAGGGAAGAAGCCAUAGAAAUUCAUGGAAUGGGGAAAGAGCUUCAGUCACAGUGGAAAUUCGCAUUCCCAUCAGAGGACCCACACGGGGGAAGCCACAUAAAUACACGGAAUAUGGAAAGAGCUUUAGAGAGUUCAGCAUACAUUAGACAUCACAGAACUCAUGCGCCGCUCGAGGGUACGUGCCUUUGAAUUUCCAAGCUUUCUCCAAAAAAAAAUUGGGUGGAAAGAGGAAGGCCAGCACCUUGCUCUCUCUCUCCACCAUGAUUCGCAGUUUGUGGCCUUGGUCGAAGGCUACUGGGAGCAGAUGUCACUCAGAGGGGCGCUUUUCACCUUACCCAGUUCGUUCUAUCCUCUUUUCUUGGGUGCCAAAUCCAUGUUUUUCUGAUGUUUAUUAUUUUUAUAUUUUAAAAUGUUCAUUUUAAUUCUUGUGUUUUGUAUUUUCUGAUGUUAUUUUAUUUUGGUUUGUUUGUUUUAUCCGGGCUUGGCCCCAUGUAAGCCGCCCCGAGUCCCCUCGGGGAGAUGGAGUCAGGGUAUAAAAAUAAAGUAUUAUUAUUAUUAUUAUUAUUAUUAUUAUUAUUAUUAUUAUUAUUUUCUCAUCUCUGGAUAAAAGGGUUCUGAAAAAAGAAUAGCUCUUUGAUAACAGAUAGCGUCAUAUCUUCAUACUCCUGUCUCUACUGCAUUCAACGGCAUUGUAUGUUUGCCCUGUAUGUGUAUUGUGUGUACUGUGAUCCGUCCUGAGUCCCUUUGGGGAGAUAGGGCGGAAUAUAAAGUGUUAUUAUUAUUACUGCCCCUUGGUUAACAUUUUGGACUCUACCCCUGCACCCGUAACCCUCUUCUGGAUUUUGUUGUAUCCUGAAUCGUUGCCUUUAAGUUCUGGACUGAUGUGCUGGUUUCGUUUAUGGACUUGGACUUUGUUUGUAUCCCUGACUUUCUGGCUUGACUUUGGGACUCUACAUUCGGUUUGUACUUUUGAUUUUUUGGUUGUUAUAAUAAAUAAUAAUAAUAA